AUGCCCGGCAAACUCCACGACAACGUCUCCCGUAUCAAGGAGCCCUCACCCCUUGGAAAAUCCGUCUUCGUGGGCCUCCGCGCAGCAGAUGUCUUCUGGCAAUACAACCUUCUCACACGAGGAUGGGGCCUCCGUCUGAUCGAGAAACUUGGUGGCCAGGCCGUAUCGCCUUUACACGUCUUCAAUCCCUUAUCUGUUACCCGUCUACAGCCUUACUUCGGACUAGUUAGUCUGUUGUCUAUUGGUAGCAGUGUGAAGCAAAUCAUCCACAUGAUCUUUGUAUCUGAACAGGCGAUGAGCGUUGGGUCUGGUGUUGCUAUUCCCGCUUUUAAUACUAUCUUUAACACGGUAAAUACCUUGCUUUCGUUGUGGGCGGUUACGUCGCCUGUCUCUUCUGUUCCUGAAUUGGGCACUUUGACCGAUACUCUCUCCUCCUCUCCGUUGGUUGCAGUCGGACUGGGUGCUUAUGCCAUUGGCCUGUUGGUCGAGGCAGUGUCUGAAUUCCAGCGGAAGUCAUUCAAGCAGGAUCCCAGGAACCAGGGGAAGCCGUAUGGCAGUGGGCUGUUCUCGCUAGCUACCAACAUCAAUUACGGAGGCUACACUGUUUGGCGAGCGGGGUAUGCAAUGAUCUGUGGUGGUUUUGCUUGGUCAGCGACGACCUUUGGGUUCUUCUUCUAUGACUUUGCGUCCCGUGGGGUUCCGGUUUUGGAAGAGUAUAUGACGCAAAGAUACGGCGAUGCAUACAAGCAAAUCAAAUCUCGCGUGAGGUAUUCUUUGAUUCCGGGGAUUUGGUAA